AUGCCCUUCCUCUUCAGCCAUGUCUGUGAUCUCUUCCAGCAGGUCGCUGAGCUCCCGACGGCUCAUCGAAGUCGACCUCGGUCCGUCAACCUGGUCGUCCAAUCUUGGUUUGCAGAGCACAGGAAGGAGGUCGAUGCGUUGAUCGUCGAACGACCAACGUCCUCCGCGGCCGGCUCAUCAGGUGCCGCCGCCCUCCUCUCCACCCUCCUGCCCGACCGCCGCACCGACCGCGUCUAUGCCCUGCAGGCCCGCGGCCUCCAGCGCAUCCUCAUCCGCGCUCUUGGUCUCGGCCACUCUCGCGUCCCUGAACUCUCUCGCUGGAUGCGCCCCUGCGAUCAUGCCACCACGGGACCCGUGGACCUUGCCGACUGCGUCGAGGCCAUCCUCCAGCGGACACCCAAUCCCACGCCCAAUGUACCCGUCACCGUCGAGGAGAUUGACGCCACUUUGCACGGCGUCGCUGCACGCUGUCGGUUCAGUGCACCGGCUGUUCGGGGACGACAUACGGCGCGCCCGUCGAAGAACGACUUUAUUGCGCCUCCGCCGACGCAAGAUGCCCUCGCGCGGCUGUACCAGCGCCUCGACCCGUGCGGCGCCAAGUGGCUGACACGCCUGAUCCUCAGAGACCUGAGGCCAGCCGUGCUCGACGGGGCGGUCGUGGCGCGCGCCUUUCACCGCGCCCUGCCGCAGGCUCUGCAAGUCUUUGCGGAUCUCGAGGCGGCGGUCGCGUCCUUAUCCGGUGACAAUGACAUUGUCCGCCCCCGUCUCGGCGUCAAGGUCGGCCGCCAGCAAUGGGCCAAAGGCCGCAGCAUCCAGCACUGCAUCGCCAUGGGCGGUCCACAACGGAUGAGCUGUGAGCACAAGAUGGAUGGCGAAUACGUGCAGGUGCAUGUGAACCUCGUCAACGGACCGGACCACAAAGACUGUCUUCAACUCUUUUCGAAAAGCGGCAAGGACAGCACGUGGGACCGCGUGAACCUGCACAGUGCCAUCCGCGAGUCGCUGCGCCUCGGGCAGCCAGACUGUCCAAUCACCAAGGGGUGCAUCCUCGAGGGUGAAAUGCUGGCGUACGACGAGAAGGCCGCCAAAAUCAUGGACUUUGAUGCCAUCCGCAAGCACGUCAACCGCAGCGGAUCGCGCCUCUACUGCGACCCGCGCGGCGACACCCAGGACCACGAGCACCUGAUGAUUGUCUACUACGACGUCAUGCUUGUUGAUGACGAGUCGUUGCUGAGCACCAGCCGAGAAGACCGCUUUCGCCGUUUGGAGAAGUUGGUCACAUGCCGCCCAGGCUAUGCGGAGCUUGUCAAGCGCGAGAUCGUCGACUUUCGCGCCCGUACGGCACCGGCCCAGCUGCGCCGCGCCUUUGCACGGUGCAUCACUGCCCAUCUCGAAGGGCUUGUCCUGAAGCCCUUGAAAGAUCCGUACUUUGACCUCAAGGGCCCGGGGUCAGGAACUACCUCGUCCACCACCCUCGAGUGGCCGCACCUUACCUCCUACGUCAUCAAACUCAAAAAGGGCUAUAUUGGCGGCUUCGGCGAGGUCGGCGACUUUGCUAUUGUCGGUGCCCGCUACGAUGCCUGCAAAGCGCGUGAGUACCCUUCCGACCUGCCAGGGCUCAAAUGGACGCACUUUUUCAUCGGGUGCCAGGAGACGCCCAAGGCCGGCCAGACUCGACCGCGCUUUGUCGUCACCAACGUUGUGACUCUCACGCCGGCGCAGAUGGCCACCUUUUUGCGCCACUGCCGGCCGCGCGUCGUUCCCAUGCCACGCAGAACCGACGGACGAAAGACACGAAACACAAGACGUGCCACGUCUACGCCCGGCGCCGAUGGUGGCCACCGCGACACAUGCCCUUUUGACCUCGCUCCUCUCGAGCCCGGUCUGGACGACAGCAAAGGCGGCCCUACCGACCUCUUUGCCGACCCGCCCGUCGUCGACAUUCGCUGCUUUUCCUUUCACCGCCCGGGCUACGGCCGCUUCUGGAGCCCGCGGUUUCCCAGUGUCGUCAAGUUCCACUUUGACCGCACGUGGGCCGACACGCUACCGUUUGACGACCUACAAACCAUGGCCGUCGAAGCCGAGGCGCGCACAGCUGUGUACGACGACGACUUUUUUGAUGGGCCGGACAGUGGCGGCGGCAGCGGCGGGCCUGGUCCUGACGCGUACGAUGCCUCCCAGCACGCCCAUUGGGUCGCGCAGCUGAAGCGUGCCGAUAAGGGCGGCAUCGCCAUGGAUGCCGAAACGAGCCAGUCGCAGUCGCAGUCGCAGUCGCCUUCGCAAUCGACGACCCGCAGCCAGUCGUCAUCAGGAUCGACACAACGGACCCAGUCAGCCACGAGCCAGCCGCCGCUGUCGGCUGGUCUUGGGCUGCCUCUGAUUGACAUUUUGGAAGAAGCAGAGGCAGAGGACGAGGACAAGGGCCUCUGCAAACAAAGCCAGUUGUCCAUUGUCACAGUCAAAACAUACGACGAAAGAUACGAUAAGUAUGAGAAGGCGAAGCUGGCGAAGGCGAAGCUGGCGAAACCGAACCUCGUCGUGUCCGUCAUUGACCUGACGGGCGACACCCAGGAGACGGAGGUGGCAGAGGAGACAGAAAGGGUCGUAGCUUCGGUUGAGGAAAGUACGGUCAAAGGAAGUACUGUCGAAGAAGACGCUGCUGUUGGCAAAAGAGAGAUCUUGCCUGGCGAACCCUCGCCGCCAAGGACACCCAAGCGGAGAGCAACAUCGCUUCCCCUCAUGGGAACGUCGCCCAUGACGCCCAAAACUCCGCCGCGCGUUUCCAACUCCCCACUGCCGCCCGCCUCGUGCUCGCCCAUUGACUUUGUCUCCAGUCUGACCGCGCCGUCGACGGCCGACGGCAGCCAAGCGUCUGGCAGCGAUGAGAGCCAAAGCAGUUUGGACGGUUUGGGCAGUCAGGACAGUUUGGAGAAGAACGCGCACAGGACGAAAAGUCUCCCUGGCGACACGCCCAGCCGGAAACGAUUGCGAGCCUGGGACGCCGCCAGCCUCGACCUCUGCCCCGUUUCGCCGCCGCAGCUCAAGCGGGCGCGGAGUGGGCUGUGA